GACGCUCCCAACAUCGGGAACAUGUUUCCUGCCUCUAGCGUGUCCAAACCCUUAAUAAUCUUAUUUGUUUCAAUAAGAUACCCUCUCAUCCUUCUAAACUCCAGAGUAUGCAAGCUCAGACGCUUCAUUCUGUCAACAUAUGGCAGUCCCGCUAACCCUGGAAUUAACCUGGCGAACCUUCGCUGCACGCCCUCAAUAGCAAGAAUGUCCUUCCUCAAAUUAGGAGACCAAAACUGCACACAAUACUCCAGGUGUGGUCUCACUAGAGCUCUGUACAACUGCAGAAGGACCUCUUUGCUCCUAUACUCAACACCUCUUGUUAUGAAGGCCAACAUGCCAUUCACUUUCUUCACUGCCUGCUGUACCUGCAUGCUUACUUUCAGUGACUGAUGAACAAGGACCCUCAGGUCUCGCUGUAUUUCCCCUUCCCAACUUGACACCAUUUAGAUAAUAAUAUUCCUUUCUGUGUUUGCUACCAAAGUGGAUAACCUCACAUUUAUCCACAUUAAACUGCAUCUGCCCACUCACUCAACCUGUCCAAGUCACCCUGCAUUCUCAUAGCAUCCUCCUCACAGUUCAAACUGUGUCAUCUGCAAAUUUGCUAAUGGUACUUUUAAUCCCUUCAUCUAAAUCAUUAACAUAUAUUGUAAAUAGCUGCGGUCCCAGCACCGAGCCUUGCUGUUCCCCACUAGUCACUGCCUGCCAUUCUGGAAGGGACCUGUUUAUCCCUACUCUUUGUUUCCUGUCUGCCAACCAAUUUUCUAUCCAUGUCAGUACCCUACCCCCAAUACCAUGCGCUCUAAUUUUGCCCACUAACCUCCUAUGUGGGACCUUAUCAAAUGCUUUCUGAAAGUCCAGGUACACUACAUUCACUGGCUCUCCCUUGUCCAUUUUCCUAGUUACAUCCUCAAAGAACUUGGACCGAUCCUGCUACUGCUAUUUCAUCGUUUACAGUCAGAGUGAGGCUAUUGUGUGGAGGUGGGGAUCAGGGAGGGGAGGUGAGGGUGGUGCUGGUUGGAACGUGGGGGUGUUGGUGCCGCAGUUGUCACGGUUCCUGUCCCCACCCCCGGGGGUUGGAAUCGUGACACAAACUAACACUCUAGAAUGUAGCAUUUUGAACGAUGCAGACAAUGGGCAGCGGCACCGGGGGGCGGGACAUAGAAACAGACACAGACACAGACAGACGGCGUUGGAGGAGGUCGUGUCUGGUGUCUGCUCUGCUCAGCUCAGCUCUGCUCAGCUCAGCUAUACUCUACCCUACCCUAACCUACCCUUCCCUACCCUACCCUCAUCUACCACCAUCUAAUAUACUAUACUAUACUCUAGGUGCGGCGAGGACAGGCGGCGACCAGAAGGGGAGUGGUUGAAGUGGCCACGCUCCCGCUCCUUGUUCCCGGCGCCGCAGGGCAGCUUCUGCCGCUCGGACCCCGCAGGGACCAUCACUCGUUAGUGCGGAAGACUCGACGUUCCGUGCUCGGGCUGAGGCUCGGGGUUGUGGUGCUACGGUGACGAUGUCUCGCCGCAGUCCCCGUCUGGCCGGCAACGGCUACUACCAGCCCCGCAACGACACCUCCAGCAGCGGCGGCAGCUCCGUCAAAUCCGGUGCUCCCUCUUACAAGGAGACUCCCGUCAGGUUGCACAAGAAAAGGACGAACAGCAAGCGGCCGGGACCUGUACCUGGCGUCAAACGUUCUCCGUCUAACAGUUCAGUCGACAGCCUGAGUAGCUACAUCAGCAACAUCAGCAACGCCUCCAAGCUCUCUCAGCACUCUCAGCGCUCUCUGCACCUCGGCGGCAGCAGCAACUGGCAGGAGCCCGUCGGUUUGGCCUACUCUGAAUCGUUCUCUCCCCUUGCCAAGCUGUGGGGCUGGAUCUCGCUGCUGUCUCCAGAAAAAGCUCUGCCCCUGGUGUACUGGUGGUUGCGCACAGCCUGGUACCAGUUAACAACGGCCAUCUCCUUGAUCGAUGUCUUUACUCUGUCCAGGUGUGUCCCUCACGUGAAGAAGUGGAUGCUGCUGGUGUUGCUGGCAUUACUGGGCAUUGGCGUCUUGAUGUCACCCAGAGGUAUCUGGUCUCGUGCCGAGAAUCCGGGUGCGCUGGAAAGCACUCAGGUGAACCCUCAGGCUGACCUGCAGGUGCGAGUGCACAGAAUGGAGAAGGAGCUGGAUCAGUUGACCGCUGCCUUCCGGGCUGGGCUGGACUGGGGCAGUGAGUCGUCUGAAACCAUAAGCCUCCCUCUCUCGCUGACACCAGCCCAAAUCAUCAAGCUGCUGGGCAAGGUAACCCUUCAGAACCAGGAUGAGCUUCAGAACAUGCUGCCCUUCGAGUCGCUGGAAAGGGUGGAGCCUGACAUUGCCGCCAUCCAGCAGAUGCAUGAGGAGCUGACGGAGCCGGCGCUGUCACCAGAUGAUUGCAAGAUGAUGUUGCAGAAGGUGAAGGAAAUGGAAUCUGCUGUGGAAAGGUUGACAGAUGAACAGAAGCAGCUACUGACUGCACUGGCGCUGCUGGAGGAGCAGCUCAGCCAGACACGGCUGGAGCUACAGGCUGUACGUGCGGGCCAGAAGGACAUGGACUCCACUAUGCAAGCUCUGGAAAGCAGAGUUAAAAGUAUGAUUGAUAAGGAGACGACGUUGCUCCCACUGGUCCACAAGCUGCUCUUCGGUUCAUCAGAAGACCGCAAAGGGGAACCACUGACAGCACAGCUGGUGAAGCGCAAGGAACUUGAGGCCCUCCUUGCAGGCUUGGAGAGGAAGAUCCUCGCAGAAGCUUCAUUUCAUCGUGGUCCGGCUAUGGAGGCACACACGGCAGCUGUCAGAGCAGGGAUUAUGAAGGAAGUAAAAAGCAUUGUGGAGCAAGCCUUGAAACUGUACAGCGCUGACAGGGUUGGAUUGGUGGAUUAUGCACUGGAAUCUGCUGGUGGCAGUGUGAUCCACACACGCUGCUCAGAGACGUUAGAGACCAAGACUGCUCUUCUUAGUCUGUUUGGCUUUCCACUGUGGUACCAAUCUCGGUCACCCAGAGCUGUCAUUCAGCCGGAGGUUCAUCCUGGGAACUGUUGGCCAUUUAAAGGCUCCCAAGGCUUUGUUGUCAUCGAGCUUGCUGAAUGGAUCUGGCCUACAGCCUUUACCCUAGAGCACAUUCCCAGAUCAAUUUCUCUGGGUGGAUCAAUUAGAAGUGCCCCUCAAGACUUCUCUGUUUAUGGCUUGGAUGAUGAAAAUCAAGCCGAAGGGGUCCUUUUGGGAAAAUACACCUAUAACGAGGAAGGGGAUUCCAUCCAGACGUUUGAAGUGCAGAAUAAAGAUGCUCCCGCAUACAAAGUCAUCGAACUGCGGGUGCAUAAGAACUGGGGCCAUCCAGAAUACACAUGCCUCUACCGGUUCCGUGUCCACGGAGAUCCAGCGAUGUAAUUCUGGAAGUCGGCUACCCCGUGCUCAGACUGGCGUUCAAACUAUGAUUCUGGAUUUUCACUGUAUUCACUGUUUUGUCACUUUAUUGCACAAUCCUCAACACUGCUAACAACAAAAGCCUACUCAACACAGCUAACUACUACAACCCGACCAAACUCUACACCGUGCUCUACAACCCUACCCUACAUAUCUUGCCAAUUUUUACUUUCUCUGCAUCUGAAGCUUCACAUCCAACCACAUUUCAAUCUAGAUCAAUGCGGGCAUUGUAUCUGUCAGGAAUAAACUGCUGUGCUGAUCAUGAAUUGUCCCCACCUCAGAUCUCCAGCAAGAAUAUCAUGCCAGUACACCACACAAAGAUAGUAUAUAUUUUUUUGAUUUAACACCCAUCACUUUGCUUUUAUUCAAAUUUAUCACUUAUUUUCAACUAGACCAGGUCGAACCUGUUGGGCCCAUCCCCCAAAGCAAUAUUCCACCAUUGACCCAUAGCCCCCAACUGCUCAGGUGCGGCUGAGGGGUUCCUGUUGUGAUGCCAGAGAUCUCCAUUAUGACGCGAGUUACGGCAACCCUCCCCAAUCCUCUUUUUACCCCUAUCCUCCUCCAUUCCCUCAUCCCCAGCACUUCCCCCCCCUCCACCCUCCCUCCUUUCCCCUUUCCACCUCCCUUCCCCAACUCUCUCCCUCAAUUCUCCCUUCCCCUGAAAAAGCUACUUUUCUUAACUACUAAACCAGGUUCGCUUCUUAAUAAACAGACACCACACAAACUGUUUGGUAGACCAGUUCAAAACUUUACUUAACAUCGGCCGAUGGAAGGGAGGGAGAAUUCCAGUCAAGUGACCAAUGCAGACACUUGACCGUCCUCCGUCCACCUUCGCUGAACAACAGAAUUACAUUGCCUUAAAUAGGGUUUUCUUUGUCCCCUUAGCACAUUCCACAGACAUUAGUCAUGGUCAGAGGUACAGGAAAAGGUUUCCACAGAAUGCAUCACAUCAAAGGCCUUUUGUUUAAAUGGUACAAGAUAUACUAAAAACAUUGGCCAUUUGCUUUAGGUCAUUUUAUUUCCAAAGAGAUCACCCUAGCUUUUUCGCUGCUUCCUCUCUGUCACUUGGUCCCUCAUACACAUAGACCAUUUGGUUUAUGGCAUCUUACAUCAAAGAGAUCUCUCUAGCUUCUCCUCUCUGCUUGUCACUUGGGAGACAAUGUUAUAGGAUUUAUUAUCUCACACACCGCAACCUGAGGAAAGCCUAAUUUGACACUCAAUAUAAGCUGUAAGCUAGCCCAGAAGCCAAUUUAAUAUCUUCUUAUAUUUUUAACUAAAAUUCAGCUUCAUCACCCCUACCCUCACUCACUUCUUCACCUCCAUAACUCCUCUCCCCUUCCUCUCCCUUUAUCCCCCUGCUCCCCCACUCUUCACCUCCCCCCUAUCCCAUCCCCCCAUAAUGAAAAUCGCCUUUUUUUUCCCAAAUGAAAUUUCCCCCAACCCAACCCCCACAAUGGAAAUCGCGAUGUUUUUAAAAAAUGAAACCUCACCCCUAUCCCACCCGCCCACAAUGAAAAAUGUCAGCUGUUAAUGAAAAUUGAAGAUUUUGUUUAAAACGGAUUUUAUUUUGAAUAUCGCGAUUUUUAAAAUGUAAAUGAGAUUCAGGAUCCCAUUGUGAUGUAAUUGUAACAUGGCUGAUGGGCAGAGCAAGUGGAAAAGUGAUUUUUAUAAAGUUUAAAAUGUCAAUAACUUAUAAAAUAUAACAACAAUCUGAACGAAACGUGGUUAUUGCACACCCAGAAGUAAUGGUGAGUAAGGUGAGCCAAAAAUUGUAGCGCUAUCGUGUACCGUUUUGGCGCCGUUUCCAGGACUCGAAAACAAACAAAAUGAGAGUUUUAGUGAUAUAGAUAGAUGCUGCCAUGAUUUCAUCUUACAAUCAUCUAUAUAUUAGUAAAACUUCCAUCUUGUUUGUUUAAAUGUGUGAGUGUUUGAUCCCGAAACUACCCUAAAACGGUACACGAUUGAGCUACAUGUUUGGCCCACCUUACUCACCAUUGUCCUGUGAUGUCCUGUGGCAAGUUUUGUUCAGGUUGAUGGGAUAUUUUACAAGUUAUUCACAUUUUAAACUUUACAAAAACCAUAAAUCACUUCCACUUGCACUGGCCAUUGGCAGCGUAUGAUGUCACAAUGGGAUCCCGAAUUUAAUUUACAUUAAAAAUUGCCAUUUAAAAAAAAUCCGCUUUUUCAAAUUCUUCCGUUUUCAUUCACACUGACUUCAUAAUAUUAAUUUACAAAA